UCUAUCAAUCGGUGCAUUAUUUUUCGAUCUUUUGAGUGGAUUAAAUUAGAUUUUCUGUCAGUUUGUUCACAAUUUAUGACUCUAAAAAAGAAAAUUUAAGAUCUUAUGAAUUCAUAACGUUCGCUGUUUUGGGAAAACGAAAACUAUAACCGAUCAAAAUGGCUAGUGUUUCCUAUCAAAUAGCAAAUCUUCUGGAGAAGAUGACUUCUAAUGAUAAGGACUUUCGAUUUAUGGCUACAAAUGAUUUGAUGACUGAGUUGCAAAAAGAUAGCAUCAAACUUGACGAUGAUUCUGAAAGAAAAGUUGUAAAAAUGUUACUUCGUUUACUCGAAGACAAGAACGGGGAGGUUCAAAAUUUGGCUGUAAAGUGUCUCGGACCAUUAGUAAACAAAGUCAAGGAAUACCAAGUCGAGGGUAUUGUAGAAACCCUUUGUGCCAAUAUGUUGUCAGAUACAGAGCAACUUCGUGAUAUAAGUAGCAUUGGCCUAAAAACUGUAAUAUCAGAAUUACCUUUGGGAUCCAACACUUUAGCAGCAAAUGUCUGUAAAAAAAUAACUGGUAGACUGAGCAGUGCUAUUGAGAAGCAAGAGGAUGUGUCUGUACAAUUGGAAGCACUUGAUAUCUUGGCUGAUCUACUUAGUAGAUUUGGAGGUCUCUUAAUUUCGUUUCACCCCAUGCUAUUAAAUUCUUUACUUCCACAACUUGCUUCACCUCGUCAGGCUGUCCGCAAGCGAACUAUUGUAGCAUUAUCCCAUUUAGUUAUGUCUUGUAAUGCUACAUUAUAUAACAAACUCAUUGAUCAUCUUUUGGAGGGCUUAAGUACUUCUACAUCAGCUAGCGUAAGCCGUACACAUAUACAAUGUAUUGCUUCCAUUUGUCGUCAAGCUGGACAUAGAUUUGGUGAACAGUUAUGGAGAGUAGCACCUCAGGUUCUAGAACAUUCCACUGAUUCUGAUGAAGAAUUGAGGGAGCACUGUUUGCAAGCCCUUGAAGCUAUUGUACUUAAAUGUCCCAAAGAGGUUCAACCUCACAUACCUACUAUUAUUGAUUUGUGCUUAAAAAUGAUAACAUAUGAUCCAAAUUAUAACUAUGAAGAUGAGGAAGAAGGAGGUGGUGGAGAGGACGAAGAAAUGGAGGAAGAAUCUUUUGAACCAGAUGCAGACCCUGAGUCCGAUUCUGAAGAAUAUUCAGAUGAUGAUGAUAUGUCUUGGAAGGUGAGAAGGGCUGCAGCAAAAUGCCUGGAGUCUGUGAUUUCAACUCGGCAUGAGCUGUUAGCAGAAAUGUACAUUACAGUUUCACCAGCAUUGAUAGCCAGGUUCAAAGAGCGCGAAGAGAAUGUAAAGUGCGACAUUUUGAGUGCGUACACGGCGUUACUUAGAGCAACGCGCCCGCCUCCCGCUCUACAGAUGACUAUCGCGCCCACUGACAACUCUCCACAAGCAUUGCUUAUUCAAAGGGUGCCAAGUAUAGUCCGCGGGGCGUUACGCGUGAUCCGCGGGCGGAGCGUGCGUGCUCGUGGUGCGGCGUUGGCUCUACUGCGCGAGCUGCUGGCGGCCGCGCCCGGUUGCCUCACAGACCACGCCGCAAGGGUGAUACGCGCGCUCACACCGCCCCUCAUGGACAAGGGCACGGCGUCGUCGAUGAAGAUCGAGACGCUGGUGUUCGUGUGGUGGCUGGUGCGCGGCGCGGGCGCGGCGGGGCUGCGCGCGCACGUGGCGGCGCUGCUGCCGGCCGUGCUGGCGUGCGUGCCCGACCCCUUCUACAAGGUCACCGCGGAGGCGCUGCGCGUGCUGCAGGCGCUCGUUAAGAUCAUGCGCCCACUCGAUAACAUCGAAAACAUCGAUGGGGAUGUACAAGUAGAGGCGCCACCGGCAGAGUUCCAGCAGUUCAUACCCGCGAUGUACGAAUGUACGCUCGUGAGACUGCGCGCUACGGACAUGGACCAAGAGGUGAAGGAAAGAGCGAUCGCCACAUGCGGACAGCUUAUAUGCCACUUUGGUGACUAUUUACAGAAUGAACUGCCUGUAUGUUUGCCAAUCUUUUUGGAAAGAUUACGCAAUGAAAUCACACGACUUACAACAGUGAAAGCAUUGACUAAAAUUGCGUCGUCGCCUCUUCGUAUUGAUCUGAGACCUAUAUUGUCAGAUGCGGUGCCUAUUUUGGGAUCAUUUUUGCGAAAAAAUCAACGAGCAUUAAAACUUUCGACAUUGGUACUACUCGACACCUUAGUGCAAAACUACAGCAAUGCUAUUAGUAUAGAAUUGUUGAGUAAGGUGCUGACCGAGGUGCCGGCGCUGGUGUGCGAGGCGGACCUGCACUGCGCGCAGACGGCGCUGACGCUGGUGGCGCGCGUGUGCCGGCGCUGCCCGGCCGCGCUCACGCACGACGCGCGCGCCGCGCUCACGCCCAACAUACUGGCGCUGGCCAACUCGCCGCUGCUGCAAGGUGGUGCGUUAAAGGCAAUGGUCGGUGUUUUGUCUGCGCUUGUGGAAGCAGACGUAGAGGGUUGCUCUCGUAGGGAAUUACUUGCGCUGUUAGUGGCCCCUGUACACCGUCCCACUGAACAUAACGCCACGGCACAUCAUAUUAAGCAGGCGUACCACUCGCUGGCGAAGUGCGUGGCGGCGGUGGUGGCGGGCGGCGGCGGCUCGGCGCUGCACACGACGCGCGCCUUCCUGCGCGACGCCACCGACCCGCCCGCCGACACCGUGCACAUGUUCGCGCUGCUCGCCAUCGCAGAGAUCGGCAGGCAUCUGGAUCUAAGCUCCAUACCGAAUCUGAAAGAAGUAUUGCUCAACUCGUUCACACCAUCAUCGGAAGAGGUGAAGUCAGCCGCGAGUUACGCACUAGGUUCAGUAGCGGUGGGCAAUUUGCCUGAAUUCCUGCCUUUCAUACUUGGAGAGAUUGAGGCACAACCUAAGAGGCAGUAUCUGCUGUUACACUCGCUUAGAGAAAUAAUUGCAUGUGAAUCAACAACACCCGAAGGAGUUGAAGCCCUAAGACCUUUCAUACCAGAAAUCUGGGUACAGUUAUCAAAGCACUGCCAAUGCGCGGAGGAAGGAUCUCGGAAUGUAGUUGCAGAAUGUUUAGGAAAAUUAUGUUUAUUGGAGCCACAAGACUUGUUGCCUCAUCUCAAGGAGUUCCUUAAGUCGCCAGAGCCGCUCACCAGGACAACUGCUGUUACCGCCGUUAAGUUUACAAUUUCAGAUCAGCCGCAAGCGAUAGACGGUCUGCUCCGCGCGUGUAUGGCAGAGCUGCUGGUGCCAUUACGCGACCCCGAGCUGUGCGUGCGGCGCGUGGCGCUGGUCGCGUUCAACUCGGCCGCGCACAACAAGCCCUCGCUCGUGCGCGACCUGCUGCCGCACGUGCUGCCCACCAUCUACCGAGAGACUAAGGUCAAGAAAGAGCUGAUCCGCGAGGUGGAGAUGGGCCCGUUCAAGCACUCGGUGGACGACGGGCUGGACCUGCGCAAGGCGGCGUUCGAGUGCAUGUACACGCUGCUGGGCACGUGCCUCGACCGCCUCGACGUGUUCGAGUUCCUGCGCCACGUGGAGGACGGGCUGCGUGACCACUACGACAUAAAGAUGCUCACCUACUUGAUGUGCGCGCGCUUGGCUACGCUCUGCCCCGCGGUCGUGCUGCAAAGGUUGGAGAGCCUAGUGGAGCCAUUGCGAGCGACUUGCACGAUGAAGGUGAAGGCGAACUCGGUGAAGCAGGAGUACGAGAAGCAGGACGAGCUCAAGCGCUCCGCCCUGCGCGCAGCCGCUGCGCUGCUGCAGAUUCCUGAAGCCGAAAAGAACCCGCACCUGAUGGACUUCGUGACGCAAAUAAAGUCGUUUCCCGACCUGCAGCCGAUCUUCGAGUCGAUCCUGAAGGACUCGAGCGGCGCCGGCCUCGACUCCAACCUCAUGGACCAGAGCUAGCCGCGACAUUACCGAUUCGUUCACAUACUCAAUAUGUUGUAAAUGUUGAAAAUUUUAAUAGAUUUUCCACUUA